UCUCUGUAUGCGGGUCUGCUGCUGCUGAGGAGGGCGGGCCUGAGCACGAUGAGCAUAUCUCGGACAGUAAACUAACAAUGCGACACGCACGCGCUGUGGGAGGAUUUCAGCACGCUGCUCGCCAUAACUUCGUUUGCAUUGAUUAGAUUUGGCCAUGGCACGCUAAGCUGAACACAGGCCCGGUCCGCUGUCUGGCUGACCUCGGGUAAACCCUCAGAGGCUUCUCGGACUUUUGGGAUAUUCUGCAGCAGAGCCGUGUUUUGGCGCAGCACGGAAACUCUGGCGCAACACAAAGGGGGGGAUGAUCUCCAACUCAGCUGACAGCUAGUGAAACUAAAACCUUUUAGAGACACACAGACACAGCUCGGUGCAAGAUGAUGUCACUGAUAGAUCUGGACGAUGAUCAGAGAUGGGUGCCCACCCAUGUGAAUGUCACCGUGCUCCGGGCCAGAGGACUGCGAACCAAGGGCAAGCAUGGCAGCCGCUACCUCUACACCAUCAUCCAGGUGGGCAAAGAGAAGUACACGACCGGGCUGGUGGAGAAGGCGGAGUUGCCCGAGUGGAACGAGGAGUGCUGCUUCGAGCUGCUGCCCGGGAUCCUGGAGGCCGGCGGCCGGGGAGACUACCCCCCGGGGAGCGGGGACCUGCUGCUGACCGUCAUGCACCGGGUGCUCAUCGGACUGGACGUGUUCCUCGGACAAGCCGUCAUUCCUCUUGAUAGGAUAUUUCAGGAGGGGAUGUGUCCUCGAGAUGAAUGGUUCAAGCUCAACUCCAAGGCGGGCAGAAAGGAGAAGGACCGAGGCGGGCUGCAGGCCACGGUCCAGUUCACUCGCAACAACAUGACCGCCAGCAUGUUCGACCUCACCAUAAAGGACAAGCCUCGCUCUGCUUUUGGAAAGCUCAAGGAUCGAGUCACGGGGAGGAAGAGGGGGGACAUGGAGUCUUCCUCAGCUAUUGUGCCCGGACGCUUCGCAGCCCUGUCAGGAUCCCUGGGGCAGCCGUUUGAGGAGGGGGGCGGAGGGCCGGCUGAGACUCGAGAUGUGGAGAGAGCAGAGGAGAAGAGGAGCAAGGUGAAGGACUUCUUCAAAGGGAAGCUGCGAAAGUCGUCUGACACCAGGUCGUGUUCCUCCCUGGCUUCAGAGAGCAGUGUGUCUUCCAUGGCCAGUGAUAACCCCGGCCCCCCACCCAGCCUGGAUCUGAUGUCAGACCCUCCCAGCUCUCCCAUCUACACCAGCAGAGUGAGAGCGGACACCCAUUACGGAGAGACAGCUUUAGCUAAAAAGGUGCUCGCCAGCCAGCACACCACAAAUGUUUUCACUCACAAGCGGGCCUUCAGCGAUGAAGCCAGUAAGAUCACGACAGCCUUCCCUCGCCCAAACCUUGCAGUGGAGUCUCUGAAGGGUCAGACCAUGACUCAGUCCAAGUCUUCCUUGUGUAUAAACGGCAGCCACGUCUACGACUCGGAGCCAUCGACUCCGAAGAGCCUCGGAGCCCACCAGUCCAGGCUGGUGCUGCUGGAGAAAUGCUCCCCGCUGUCUCGCUCCCUGCAGAACCUCACCAAGAGAAGCGAGGACAAAGGGAACUUCACCGGGGGCCGACGCUGGUCCUUUGACAAGACGAAGAAAGAGGAAAAGGAGGACGAUAAGGAAGCUCAGGCGUCGUCUCCAUCGAAUCAGCAAGCUCAGGCAGAGAUGCCCGCCACCUCCUCUGCCUCGGUUUCUCCCGACAAAGGGAGGAAGCUAAGAAAGACGCUAUUCUCUGGAGGGAGGAGUGAUUCUCUCCCAGCUAAGUCUGAUAUGAACCAGGCUGGUUCGACAUCUGAGGGGAGGCUCAGAGGCUGGUUUGGCUCCGGUGAAUCCCAGAACAAGCCAAGGCUGGAAGUUUCUCCUAAGGUAGAAAGCAGCUCAGACGUACCCCCUCCCCUUCCUCCUCGCUCCCCUGUACCCCCUCAGUGCUCCUCUCCCUCCGCCCCCCCCUCCGGUCAUGCCUCACCUGAUGACUGCAAUCACACCAAUCCCUUCUCCCCCGCCUCACCCCCCAUCUCCUCCUCUAACCCUUUCCCCUCACAGCGCAACCCUUUUUUCGAGGAUCUCAUAGCCGAGGAGUCACAGAGGUCUCCUACUUUUGCACCUUGCACCUCAUCCAACUCCUCCCCCUUUCAUUACACCACCCUGCCCUGCACACCCAGCCCUGAUCGGGAUGUUAAAGCUACAAAUAUGGCUCACAUGAAACGGGAGCGCCCCAGGCCAGUUGCUAGGCAGAUAUCUCUCCCUGCAAUAAUACCCAAAGCAGCCAAAACAAAACCCUCCGCCCCUCGCUCCAUGUCUGAGUGUACAGGAGAAUGGGACGACUCUUUCGAUGCCUUUGCCUCCAGCAGGCUCUACUCACCUCAAGGGAGUCUUCCUCAGAAACAGAGAACCAGUCAACCAUCUCCCAGUGAUCUUCCAGGUAAUAACAACACCAACACCCAAGCACACGAGCUGCAAACAUGUGAAGAGGAGCCUCCACCUUUGCCUCCAAGGAGACCUGUAAGAACUUCAGUGAAUGAGAUUUACUCUGAUGGCUGGUUGCACAGAGGACAAGAACUAGCUGUCCAUAAAGAAGCCUAUCUGCUGUCUCAGACCGGCGUGGCCUCGCUGCAGCGGGGAAGAGAAGCAGAAAGCAAGAGGAACAGUAUCUCUCCGGACCCUCACACCAGCAGCGAGACCUCAGACUCGCUCAGCGCUAACUCUCACACGUACGCAAAUAUCACUCCACCAGGAUUCACGACAGAUGAAAAGCUCAAAAGGUUCAAAUAUGAACCUUUGGAAGAUGAAAACCACCGCUGGGGAGGGAUGUUGUUCGAGCAAGACUUGUAUGGACGCAUGUGCAGAGGAAACUACGGACAACCCCAAGUGAAUCGUUUAUCGUUGAAUGCUGAAGAGAUUGCCGGAAAUAAUGUGACAUCCGUGAACUCAGGACCUAAAAUACUUGAUAGUGAGGUAUCUGUAGCAGACCUUUUAAACAUAUCAUGUUCUUCCUCAAAACCAGAUGCAAAAGCACUAGAGAUUACAACCACUCGAGUAGCAGAGCCAGAGUCUAAUCCACCUGAAAGCACAUGCAUCAACAAUAAUGUGUCUUUGUCUCCAACCUUGGAAGAUCUGAACAUGAAUGUGAAUAAUUCUGAUUUUGGCUUUAUCGAUUCAGAUAGCUCUUCGCAUUCAGAGGUAGUUGACCCACUCAAAGGCAUUAGGAGUUUUGGCGGGACUUUUCCACAACCGCCAGAAGCUUCACAGAUAGCUGCCUACCAUGUGGAGACAGUCACCACACCUGAGGAACUGUUCACUUUGAAGGACACCUACAUACGGGAGAGAAACUCUUCCUUUGAAAUACCUGCAUCAUCCAGCAAACUGCUCAAAGUCUCUCCAGUUUACCAAGACAAUUGCCAUGAUCAGCUGAAUAACUCCAGGGUAAGCAGCAGAGAAAUCACUGCUAGAAAUGCAGACGAUAUUAAAACUGAGUCCAGAGGUGUUACUGCAAGAAGUGUUGCAGAUUUGAAAACGACACAAAAGGAGAUUGAUGAUAACGGAAACCCACAAGCUAAAACAGCCGCACUUAACCAACAUGAUGCAUUUCCUGGUGUGGUUAGUGCACGUUUGAGACCAAAAGGACUGUCUCGACAAAACAGCAACGGCAGCCCGAGCAACCAGAGCCUAAACGGAGACAGAGAGUUCGAACAGUUCUUGUCCCUCGUUCAAAACAUUUCCGAAGUCAGAGAAGGACCGUCGUCAUAUCUGCCCUCUAAAUCAGCUCUUUCUUCGUUACUGUCAUUAGUAGAUAGCACUACAAAUCAAAAUGAGUCCAAUGAAACAUCACAGAUAUCUUCACAAGACAACACAAUAGUAAAAUCCUCUGAUAUCAGCUUUGAAGACCUUCAUGCUAAAGUAGCACCAAACUCAAGAACCCCUACUAAGUCAAAGAUUGGGGAAUCUUUGCUCGAACCCUCUUUCUCCUCCAUCCCGCGCACACUCUCCCUUUCAGGUGACGUACAGGCUAAGCCCCACCCUACCCUUGUUUGUUGCCCCUCCAUACAUCCCUCAAGCAUGGGGCCCGGUGCUGGAGCCAGCAGUACUCUGGCAGUGGCCCCCUACACCUCCACCUUCUCCACCACCUGCACCACUGACCAGCCCCUGGUCGAUGCACGCCACUCACUUUUUCCUGAGGAGACUCAGCCUGCUAGCAGCCUGCCCCGUCAGGAGAGCAGAACUCAUCCAGUGAAACCGUUAACUUCCAGCCAAUCAGAGAAGAAGGAGGGUCGGUCGGUCCUGGAGAAGCUGAAGUCUACCAUCAACCCCGGACGCACCGCCCACCAGGCUGCUGCCGAACCUGAGAGGAGUCAGGAGGUGAGAGUGGACAACACGGCCCACUACCAGCAGCUGACCAACAUGGAGCUGAUCUCCCUGCUGCUGCAGCAGGAGAUGGACAUGCAGAAGCAGGACGCGGCCUCCGAGCAGCAGGCGGCAAAGCUGCACAAGUGUGAGGCUGAUCUGAAAAAGGUCAAGCUACAGGUUCGAGACCUGGAGGACUACAUUGAUAAUCUUUUACUGCGCAUCAUGGAGCAGACCCCCACGCUGCUUCAAGUCAAAAGACACAAGUGACAAUGAGACGUACAAUCCUGCAGAAUACUGAACUCAAGAGUGGGUGCAUAACGCAGGGUUAGUAUUAAAGAUUGGGAAUCACUGUUCGAGAGACAAUUACAGUCAAACAAAUGCUCCACAAAAUAUGGUCUCACAAUCAUCCAGGUCUUCUCACUGCUAAUACUGCCUUGUUGAUGUAGACACAAUAUUACCCAAGAUGCAUGCUGGUUACUAGCCCAGUUUGACACAGACAAAAAAAACUAUGAUAAAAAAAGCUUCUAUCAAACCUUAAAGGUAAUUUUACUCAUGCUUUGUAGAAUAAUUUAAGGUAGGCUGUUGUCAAUUUAAAUUCUGAACUCACUGCUUAUACACAUGCAUAAAAUAAAAAUACAGGCUAGAGGUAACACUUUUGCAGAGUGCAUUUAACAUAAAACACAAAGUAGGUCCUCUGGCAAAAUAUGAUGUUAGCUCAAGUAACCUACAUUUGCAGCUGUUAAAGUGCAAACACAACAUCUCCACAAAGAAUGUUCACCUCACAUUGUUUUAGGAAAUUGUGAAAACAGGUUUACUUGAGGUAAUGCAUAUUUUCAAAUAGAAUUUAAGACAUGCUAAAAAAAAUGUGCAUAUGAAAAUACUGCGCUGCAUAACAUAAAAGAGGUUUCUGCAUUAACAUCGCUUUAUGAUAAUCAAAACACAAUAAUCCUGUUCGAAAAGACUAGGAGAUGAAGACUUAUUGUCUCUAUGUUUUUACUUUUACAAAUUAUUUAGUUUGUUAAAGUCUUAUUUUUUGUUACAUGCAAAAACAACAAGGUUUUAAUAUAUUUUGUAUGUAUUGUUUGUCUUUCUCGCUUUUAUUUGUUGAAAUAGCAACAUUUUAUUGUAGAAAUAAAACAGCAUCAAUGCAGCAGAUAAGAGUAUUAUAAGUUACUUCGAUAAAAUACUUUUGUCAUGAUAAUAUAUGAUCUAAUGUCACUCCAGUACCACUGUAGCUACUCACAAUGCUUUACAUGACCUUAGUACUGUACUGUAAUAAAAUAAAGUGCA